AUGCAUUAUUUAAUCAAAGCUCUAAAAAUGUAUUUGAAUGACAUGAUAUUUUUAAUAUUCAAAUCUUUAUCUAUCUUAUUUGUUAAGCAGGGUAGAAUUUCUUUUUGGAAUAUAAUUAUUUUUAAUUUCCUUAUGUGCUUAAAUAGUAAGUAUUGCAUUUGUAUUUAAUUAUAUCAUAAAGUAGUUGUACUGAAAUAUUUUGUAAUAAUAUUGAACUUAUAUCAUGGAGCUUUGUCCACAUUCCAGAAAAAUUAUUUAAACCAGUCUCUUGGAAUAUUACAAGGGUUAGCUUGCAUUGAUGUCCUAGGAACAGUAAAGUUAACUUCAGAUAUUUACGUUAAACAGAUAUUGGGUGCUUAUUAUUGGUCAUUAUCAUUUGCAAUAGAUAUAUCAUGCAAAUCCAAGUAUGGAGUUCUUUUUAAAUUAUGUUUGCCAUCCUUCUAAUUGUUGAAUAAAAUCUUUAAUAUUAAACAUACAUUCUCAAUCGUUAUCAGAAUAUUGUUAGUAUUAAUUAUUGUAAUAUAAUAUCAAUUUGCCCUAAAGUAAUGGAAUCAAAUUGUACUAAAUAAAUUUCUAUUUUUAGUGAAACUAAAUAAUUUUAAUUUCAUUUUUUGUAAACUUAAAUCUUCAUUAUUUACCACAAUAUUCUUUUCAUAUAUCAUAAAACAUAUUUCUUUUAAUUAAAAAAUUAUUGCUCGCUGUUAAGAAUCAAUUAUGAAAUAAAAUUUAUAACUAGAUUAGUAAUCCGAGUUAUCAUAAAUGAAAGCUUAUGAAUUUAUUUUACGAGUAUUAAGGGAAGAACAUGAAGAGGAACAUGAUGAUGAGUCUUCUAAUAAAGCUAUAGUUAUUUUGAUAUUUUUAAGCACAGGAUUGUUGAUUUUUGGAUUUUUAGUCUGCUUAUGUAAAUGCUUAUAUGACAGGAUAUAAAAAAAAAGAGAAGCUUAAGUGCGUUAAUUAAAUGAAUCUUAAUAUUAAUAGUAAAUUGUUUAAAUAGAAACACUAUGCCUAUAUAACAGAGAUUUGGAGGACUGUCCAAUUUGUUUAAUGCCCAUACCAAGUAUUUUACUAGUAACUACUGCAUGCAAUCAUAAGUUCCAUUAAGCAUGCUUAGCCUUAUGGUUGUAAAUCUAUAAUAUAUGCCCUACUUGUAGAACAAGAGUUUCUCAAUGA